AUGCUUACCCACCACCGCCUUCUUGCAAUCUCACUAAUCUCUGCGUCUAGUGUCUCAGCCGUCUGUCCUGACUUCCAAAUAGGCGUAAUUAAGACGUCUGGAGAUGUCAUCUCAAAGAUUGUUGACAACAACUGCAACCUUCUGGAUCAGAAGCCAGAGAAACAAGGCUUUGAGCAGAAUGUAUGUAACGGGUAUUCCAACGAGACCCAGGUCACUUGUAAUGGAGAUCCAUUUAAUAACAACGUACAUAAUCUCAAGACGUCCGAUGGAACCUCCUGGGGACACUGUAUAAACAUGGGAGGCGCGAGUGCCUGUAAUGGGCGCCUACUGUUUUGCUGUUCGAAAUAG